UUAAAACAAAUUAUAAAGAAACAGUGUCGUUUUUGGUCUAGUUUUAUUUUUCUCUCUCUGGAUUUUGCUCCUCCAACCCAAUUAUGAGAAAGGGUUGUUAACUAAUGAGGUGAUUGAUAUGGUAGCUUGAAAAAAAAAGGGUAAUUACAAGCUGAAGAGGGUUAAGAUAUUGGCUUCAAUACACUUCUGUAAGCCUCUCUAAGAUGAGUAUGCUUAAGUACCUGGGCGCGCGCAGGAGUCAGGUCUGUGCUGCCAGAAGCUACCUUAAAGUACUGGGGUUUUCCUCUUUUCACACAGCUCCAAACUCUUCGAUUGAACUUCACACUCGAGAUGAAGAAGUGGUGAUUGCUUUGGGAAGUAAUGUAGGUGAUAGACUACAUAACUUCAAGGAAGCCUUGAAAUUGAUGAGGAAGUCAGGCAUACACAUCACAAGACAUGCAAGUCUAUAUGAGACAGCACCGGCGUAUGUUACUGACCAACCUCGCUUCCUCAACUCAGCAGUAAGAGCUGUUACCAAACUUGGGCCACAUGAGUUAUUGUCUGCACUCAAACGAAUCGAGAAGGACAUGGGCCGUACUGACGGUAUAAGGUAUGGUCCAAGGCCAAUUGACUUAGACAUUCUGUUCUAUGGUAAAUUUAAAGUCAGAUCUGAUAUUCUCACAGUACCUCACGAAAGAAUUUGGGAACGACCGUUUGUCAUGGCCCCUUUGAUGGAUUUACUGGGAACAGCUAUUGACAGUGAUACAGUUACUAGCUGGCAUUCACUUUCAGGCCAUUCUGGUGGACUAAAUGCAUUAUGGGAAAAACUAGGUGGAGAAUCCCUUAUUGGAGAGGAAGGUAUGUAUAGGGUAAUGCCUGUUGCAAAUGGCUUACUUGAUUGGUCGCGAAGAACAUUGGUCAUGGGGAUUCUUAAUUUGACUCCAGAUAGUUUUAGUGAUGGGGGAAAUUUUCAGUCUGUGAAGUCUGCUGUUUCUCAGGCUCGGUUAAUGAUAUCAGAGGGUGCUGAUAUAAUUGAUCUCGGUGCUCAGUCUACUCGGCCGAUGGCAUCAAGGAUCUCUGUCGAAGAAGAAUUAGGUAGAUUAAUCCCUGUCCUGGAAGCUGUAAAGGCAAUACCCGAGGUAGAAGGAAAACUCAUAUCUGUGGAUACUUUCUACUCUGAAGUUGCAUUAGAAGCAGUACGUAAAGGGGCUCAUCUUAUAAACGAUGUAUCCGCCGGGAAGUUAGAUGCAAAUAUGUUUAAGGUCAUGGCAGAGCUUGAUGUUCCUUAUGUCGCAAUGCACAUGAGGGGUGAUCCGUGUACAAUGCAGGAUAGUGAAAACCUGAAAUAUGAUAAUGUUUGCAAGGAUAUAUCGGCGGAAUUAUACUCGCGGAUUAGAGAGGCAGAAAUGUUGGGAAUCCCGGCAUGGAGGAUUAUUAUGGACCCUGGAAUUGGAUUCUCAAAGAAAACUGAAGACAAUUUAGAGGUACUCACAGGAAUACCUGAUAUUAGAGAAGAGAUUUCAAAAAGAAGUUUGGCCAUCUCUCAUGCUCCUAUACUAAUUGGACCCUCAAGAAAGCGAUUUUUAGGUGAAAUUUGCUCUCGCCCUUCUGCAGUCGAGAGGGAUCCCGCUACCAUUGCUUCUGUCACCGCUGGUGUGUUGGGUGGCGCUAAUAUUGUUCGAGUGCAUAAUGUUAAAGAUAAUCUAGAUGCGGUAAAGCUUUGUGAUGCAAUUCUGAAACAAAAAAGUUCUCCCAUGAAAUUUAAACAGUGAUUUUAUCUUACUAUCAUGGUGUUGGCACUGUUUUUAUUCACAUGCCUGUGCUACCUUCUAGUGGCUUCAUUCCAACAAAUCUAUUACUGUUCUUUACCAUGUCUCGCUGCUACACCAAUGUCAUGCCAGAGUAACAAAGGGUGAAGUGUAUUAAGAUGAUGGACGCAUGCAAAAUGGGAAUAAAGUUGAAACUUCGUGUCCGUCAAUGUUAAGCAUUCCAUUUUUGAUAAACUUCACCAUAGUAGUUAUUACAUUUUUUGUCUUGUAUUUGUUUCACAAAUAAAAGUAUAUUCUAAGUUCCAGCAUUUCACUUGUGACUUAUUGUUUCACAGAUUUUUGUCAUGUGCAGCUAUUAUUCAAUCCUACUUAGGUAGUUUUAACUUAAACAUAAUGUAGCCCAAUAAUCAGAUUCCCAAAGUUAGGACACUAAGGAGAAUCAAAUGGAUGUUGUCCUUUUGGCAUUAGCAGAAAUUCUUUUUGGCAUGUAGAACAAAUGAUAACAACACCAUAUGCUUUCUUUUUUUACAAUGCUUUCCUUUUUUUAAUGAAUUAUCAACAUUUAUCACUAAGUGCCCAUGAUUAGGAUGUAUGUUGUAUGGUAGAUCAACACCAUGAGUUUGCACAUAAAACCACCAUUCAUUUCAAAAGCUUUGACAAUUGUAUUUGGGGAAAUUCUUUGGUACCCUAGAAUUUUAUGGGGUAUCAAUUUCCCGUAGGCUAAAUUUAUCAUAAAUAUAUUUCUCGAAUCAAACAUAUCCAAAACGUAAAAUAUUACAAGACUACAAUUAUAUUCUUUCAAUUUAGAAAAAAUGGAAGAGCUUUCGCAAUACAAGUGAGGCAGUGGAUCAAUGAAAAUACAAUAUUUAGUUUCGCUCAUAAGUGCCCCCAGCUACCGUGUUUCAUAAUCUGUAGGACUUUUUCUUGCCGUGCAUCAGAUCUAUCUCACAUUACAGAUGAGACA